UUUGCAGUAUCAACUGACUCCAACUGCAGAAGAAAAAUCUGCAAGUGAUCAAGAUCAAGCUAUAAUUAUUAAAACUGGGCAGCCAGGAUGUCCAUCUUUACCCCCACCAAUCAAAUACGGCUCACCAAUGUGGCCAUAGUUCGCAUGAAGAGAGCAGGGAAACGAUUUGAGAUUGCCUGCUACAAGAAUAAAGUCAUGUCAUGGAGAAAUAAAACGGAGAGGGACAUUGACGAGGUGCUGCAAACACACACUGUGUUCACUAACGUCUCUAAAGGUCAAGUGGCGAAGAAGGAGGACGUUGUGAGAGCAUUCGGGACAGACAACGACACUGACGUCUGUAUACAGAUCUUGGCCAAGGGAGAGCUACAGGUGUCAGAGAAAGAGAGACACUCGCACUUAGAGUCUUCAUUCCGGGAUGUUGCCACAAUCGUGACGGACAUGUGUGUGAACCCCGACACCAAACGGCCGUACACAGUGGGUGUGGUCGAACGAGCCAUGAAGGAUAUACACUACUCUGUGAAGCCACACAAAAGCACCAAACAGCAAGCUCUGGAGGUCAUACGGCUUCUCAAGCCGACCAUGUCCAUUGAGCGAGCCAAGAUGAGGUUAAAGGUCGCUCUGCCAGCUAGGGAGGCAAGAAAGGUUCGAGAGAAGAUUGGUUCGAUGAUAACCACUGAGCAGGAGGAGUGGGAUGGAGGAGACCUGGAGAUUGUGUGUCUAAUUGACCCUGGCUGUUAUCGUGAGAUUGACGAGAUGGUUAGGAGGGAAACUAAAGGUCAAGGGUCAGUGGAAGUACUGAGUUUAAAGGACAUUGAAGAAGGCGAUGAACAGAUACAAUAAACAAUCAUUUUUAGAUAAAAGUACAUGAAAAAUGCGCAAAAAUGUGAAAUCAAACUCUAAGCUGAAUAGAAUCUUUCAUUAA